GUGGGGAGACGAGGCGGGCCCGGCCGGGCCAGGGGGGGCCGAAGCGAGCUCCGGGGAUGAGCUCGGGGGCGGCUGGGUGCGAGCUCCUGCCUCUGCGGCGAAGGCGACGGUGGCGGCAGCAGAGGCGGCGGCGAGGCCCCCAUGGGUCGGCGGCGGGCCUCAGCCGCGGCCUCCACUCCUCCGCUCGCCGGCGGGAUGGCGCCGGGGCCUCGGGGAAGAAGCCGCGUUAGCGGAGGCCUGCGGCCGCUCUGCUGAGGCGAGCCCGCCAAACUCCCCUCCCCCUCCUCCGUCCUCGACCCCCCGCACCUCGCCCCUUCCCCACCCCCUCCUCCGUCUCGGUCCCCCGCGCCGCUCCGGACCACUAUGACCAUGAGAUCCGCAGUGUUCAAGGCGGCCGCGGCCCCUGCCGGCGGCAACCCCGAGCAGCGACUGGACUACGAGCGGGCUGCGGCGCUGGGCGGGCCCGAGGACGAGUCCGGGGCGGCCGAAGCCCACUUCCUCCCCCGGCAUCGUAAGCUCAAGGAGCCGGGGCCCCCGCUGGCCUCCUCCCAGGGCGGGAGCCCCGCGCCCUCUCCAGCCGGCUGCGGCGGCAAGGGCCGGGGCUUGUUACUCCCGGCCGGGGCGGCCCCCGGGCAGCAGGAAGAGAGCUGGGGCGGUUCGGUGCCCUUGCCCUGUCCGCCCCCAGCCACCAAACAAGCCGGCAUCGGCGGGGAGCCAGUCGCAGCCGGCGCCGGCUGCAGCCCCCGGCCCAAGUAUCAGGCGGUGCUGCCCAUUCAGACGGGCUCUCUCGUGGCGGCGGCCAAAGAGCCUACGCCCUGGGCUGGGGACAAGGGUGGGGCGGCUCCCCCAGCUGCCACCGCCUCGGACCCGGCGGGACCCCCACCACUACCUCUGCCCGGGCCGCCACCCCUCGCGCCCACCGCCACGGCCGGGACCCUGGCGGCCAGCGAGGGCAGAUGGAAGAGUAUGAGGAAGAGCCCUCUCGGGGGUGGCGGCGGCUCGGGAGCCUCCAGCCAGGCCGCCUGCCUCAAACAGAUCCUUCUGCUGCAAUUGGACCUCAUCGAACAGCAGCAGCAGCAGUUGCAGGCCAAGGAAAAGGAGAUCGAGGAGCUCAAGUCCGAGAGAGACACGCUCCUUGCUCGGAUUGAACGAAUGGAAAGGCGGAUGCAGCUGGUAAAGAGGGAUAACGAGAAAGAAAGGCACAAGCUGUUUCAGGGCUAUGAAACUGAAGAGAGAGAGGAAACAGAGUUGUCUGAGAAAAUUAAACUGGAGCGCCAGCCGGAGCUUUGUGAGACAUCCCAGGCUCUGCCUUCCAAGCCUUUCUCAUGUGGUCGGAGUGGAAAGGGACACAAAAGGAAAACCCCAUUUGGAAAUACAGAAAGAAAGACUCCUGUUAAAAAGCUGGCUCCUGAAUUUUCAAAAGUCAAAACAAAAACUCCUAAGCACUCUCCCAUUAAAGAGGAACCCUGUGGUUCCAUAUCAGAAACUGUUUGUAAACGUGAAUUGAGGAGCCAAGAAACCCCAGAAAAGCCCCGGUCUUCAGUGGAUACCCCACCAAGACUCUCUACUCCCCAAAAGGGAUCCAGCGCCCACCCUAAGGAGAAAGCCUUCUCAAGUGAGAUGGAAGAUUUGCCGUACCUUUCCACCACAGAAAUGUAUUUGUGUCGUUGGCACCAGCCUCCCCCAUCACCGUUACCAUUACGGGAACCCUCUCCAAAGAAGGAGGAGACUGUAGCAAGGUGUCUGAUGCCAUCAAGUGUUGCAGGAGAAACUUCAGUCUUGGCUGUUCCUUCUUGGAGGGACCACUCAGUAGAGCCUCUAAGGGACCCAAAUCCUUCAGACAUUUUGGAGAACCUGGAUGACAGUGUGUUUUCAAAGAGGCAUGCGAAACUGGAGCUGGAUGAGAAGAGGAGAAAAAGAUGGGAUAUUCAGAGGAUCAGGGAACAAAGAAUUUUACAGCGACUGCAGCUCAGAAUGUAUAAAAAGAAAGGAAUUCAGGAAUCUGAGCCUGAGGUUACCUCAUUUUUCCCUGAGCCAGAUGACGUUGAAAGUUUGAUGAUUACCCCCUUCUUACCUGUUGUAGCAUUUGGACGACCAUUACCAAAAUUAACUCCACAGAACUUUGAGCUACCCUGGUUGGAUGAGCGAAGCCGUUGCAGGUUGGAGAUCCAGAAGAAGCAAACGCCUCACCGGACGUGUAGAAAGUAGCUGUGCUGUCAAGAGCCUGUCUGCAGAUAGUUGUAGCAUGCCUUUCCAAGAGAAUGGCAGAGACCUGUAUAUGUGACCUAUGUCUUCAUGUAUGUUAUCUUUCACUGGUAAUGCCUUUCCAUACUCCCUUCAUUUUAGUUUUGUUUUCUUUACUCUGAUUUCACAAAAAAAAAAAAAAAACAAAAACCAAAAAACAAACAAAAAAAAAGAAACUUUGCAUCGGGCUGAUUGUGAACUAUGGAGUUAUUUGGCACUUCUUUUCCCUUUCUGGGGAAAUGAGCUCUUGAGCUCAUCCUGUAGGAUGGUAGAUUUGGGAAUUUUAGGAGUUACUUUUUACUUGCCUACUUUAAAGGGGUAAAGUGUUCAUCAUUAGCUGAGUCAAAGAUGGAGCAACCCCUGGCUGUAGGAGCUGUGCCUGCCCUGACCCUGCGCUUCCCUGGAGCGCCUUAUGAAUAGUGUGGGUGUAGUGGAUUUUACACUAAAAUAAAAAGACCUUACCAUGUGCAUUGGGGCCCAAGAAGGAAUAACAUGAAGCGAUGAAGCAAGGAAGUCAUCCUCAUAGAGGAAGAAACUGGAUAGUUUGUCAGUUUGUUUGUUAGUUCUCUUAAAACUAACUAUUCUGUGAUAACAGCCGUGGGAAGAGACGGGUGGCUGGUCACUUUCUUAGCUGAUAGGUAACUGAACUUCCUUCCCAACCCCCCAGAAGAAGAUGUUUAGAAAAAGAGGUUGGGGUGUAAGUUUCCAGCCAGUGGCAGUGCUGAACUGACGCAGCUGUCAUUUGGGGAUGGCAUGCCAGCAUCUGUAGAGAUGUCCUUGUGCUGUCUCACUUUCUAAGUAUUCCUUAGUGGGGCUUCAUCCUAUUAGCCAAGCUCUGAUGGUAAGGUAGAAAUUUGGGGCGGGAGGAGGGUAUGGAAGGAUGCGUUUCCUGGCUGGCAGAUAUCUACAUCUUGAAACAGUUGUACCUAAUGAACUUUAUUUGUUUAGUGAAAUAGGUUUACACAUGUACCAUCUUGGUUCCCAUCUCUUGCCCUUGUUUUGUUACACCCCCCCCCAAAAAAAAUAAUAGAAAAGGAAAAAAAAAAAGAAAAAAGAAAAAAAAAAUCAGAACAGCACUUCCAGGCCUUUUAGGUCUCAGUGAAAGAUCCCUGUUAACUAUCUGGAAGGAAAAUAGAGCUGAGGCCUUUGGUCUUCUAUAUAGGAAUUGCCUUUCAUUAGUCUUCAGGACUAUUGUAUAAAAACAAGUAGGGGUCUAAUCUCCUAGGAGGUAGGGGCUUUAUCCUUGAAGAGAAUAUGUCCCCAGAUUAUUAGCACUUUUAGAGGAGAAGCCAAGGUAUGUAGGGUGUGUGGCUGGCCCAUCCGCUGAGCAUGAGAGAAUGGGGUUACCAUUGUGGGGAGAGAAGGAAAGUUCCUCAGGGCCUCCCACUGCUAAAGCUUUUUUGAGAUGUUUAUCUGUGCUCCCUGGGUUUGACUUUGAAAGGAAUUAUUCCAGCAGUACAUGUAGUAUUCUUGGAUGAUCUUGCUGCUUUUAAUUCUCUUUUGUGUGUGUUUGUGUGUGGCUCUGGGUUUCCACUUGUAACUCCAUCUUCUUAGGAGCAUGGUCUCUCUGUAACGGAAGCUGCUGUAAAGUCACUGCAGCAAGGAUGUAGAGACGAGGACUUACUCCAUUAGGGGCUUUCAUCUCACACCUUGAGGAGGAUGAUAGAUCUAGAAAAAUUGGGCCAGAUUUUUGUUUUUUAUUUUUACUGUGGCAAGCUGGUUAGUGCCCCUCCUCUCACCUGUGUCAUGUUUCUUUGCAACGUGCUCCUCCCAAAAUAACCUCAAUCAGCUCUCUCUCUACUUCGUUUCUCGGUCCCUCUCAGUUUCUUCUCGACAACUACGAUUUGUCAGAUUCCUAAUUUGGGUAUGGGUUAGCAGACUUAGCCUCUAGGUCUCUGCCCUACACAGAGGAAUCCUCAGAUCCUGUUUUUGCUAGACUGAGAGGAAUCCAUGAGGUGCUAUCUGGCAGGACUUAGUGGAUUCUAUUGCUUUGGUUCUCGUUUCCCUGAGGACCUAAUGUUUUCUUAUGUCCUCUCCCGGAUUUCCUUUGCUUUGAGUCUGUUGAGGUUUGUUGAGAAGGAGGUUGAAGCAAAGCUCCAAGAGUGAAAUUACAGUGUGUUCAGAAUGUGGGGAAAUGAACCUUAUUUUUCCCUACAUGGGAUACAGCACUGUGAAAUUCAGUCUUCAACAAAAAGAGAGGCCCUGCAGUUCUCCUAAAACAGUUCCUUAUUUCUUUAACAAAGUUUAAGCUAGUGUUAAUAAAUUAAAAGAGAAAUUGCUUGUCUCUCCACCUCAGCUUUGUUUUUUUCCCAUUUCAUAUCGUUGUCUGUGCUGUAAUUCAUACUUUUGAUACCAUUUCUGAUGUGUAAAGUCGGCUGUCUUGUAAAUAUCUUAUAAAGAGUUCAACUGUAAAUAAACUAUUGUGGCCGUUAA